UGGAGGGAGCGAGGGCGGCGGGAGGAGGAGGAAGGAAAGGAAGGAAAGCGGGAAGAGGAAAGAGGAGGAUGAAGAGCACGGCGCCCCGCAGCACUUUGCGGAAAAUUAUAAAGAAGCACAAGCCGCAGUUACGCCUGGCGGCGAACGCCGACCUGCUGGUUCAUUUGAAUUUCUUAUUGUUUCUCCAUCGGCUAGCAGAAGAAGCCAGGACAAAUGCUUUUGAGAACAAAAGUAAAAUAAUAAAACCUGAGCACACCAUAUCUGCAGCAAAGGUUAUUUUAAAGAAAAGCCGAGGCUAGAAAACAAACCACUGGAAUUUUAAAACACAUUUUUCAAUGUUUUCUGACUAACUUGAGUUAUACUGUGGGCCAGCUUCAGCAUUUGUGGAACUACGUAGUUUGUUAACAUCUAUCUCCUGACUAUCUUGCUGUUUCUUUAAAAAAAAUUAAACAAAAAGAUCUUAGAAUGUAUAUUUUCAUACACUUCAUGCAUAAUUUUAAUUUAUGUGUGCCACUUGUCACUUAAGACUUUUGAUGUACUUUAUUUCAUAAUGAUGGAGGAAUGCUUGUACCAUAGAUAGCCUUUGGGUACAAUGUGGCAUUUAUUAUUAAAAGUGUGAAACUUCUUGAGGGGAACAGUUGUUAAAAAAAUUAAAUAACAACACUAAAUUUAGUUUUCACUAAAUCUAGUAUAGAUUGUGCAGUUGAGAGCUGAUUUACUAGCGAGACAAAAUUAUGGCUUUCAAAACCAUCACUGUAGAAACAAGUGUAUUAAAUACCUUGUCUUCAGUUUAUUUAUAAAUGCCUUGAUAAUUUUUAAAAUUACUUUGAAAAGUAGGCUGAAACUUCUGUGUUUUGGGGAAAGAAUAUAUAGUUGGUAUUUUAAAUCAUGUUUUGAACUGUUAAGCUGACCUGUUUGUUGUGGUACAUGAGGCAGCUUGGUGGUCUGUAAUUGAGUUGAUGUGGACAGAUACACAGGUUAUGGAAAAGGAAAGAUCUGGCAGAGCUGAUGUUUUCAAAGUUAGAUCUUGUAAAAAUAACAAAGAUAAGUUGGCUUGAGUGCCAAGCUAUAUCCUUUUCUCUUUUGUGUGUCAUGCUAGCUUCUCAAAAGUCUGGAAAUGUACAUUAUAUAAAAAUGUCAUCUUAAAUUAAGGUCAUAUUCUGUUCCUAUUCUGAUAUUUGUAAUAGUUUACUGAACACUUUGCUUAAUAAAUAUAUCAGUAAAGUUAUAGAUUAAUUUUACUGUUCCAGCUGAUAAUGCAGUUUUGUAGAAUAUAUGGUAGCUGAUCCUUAAUAUGCACAGUGAGCUGUUGUUAAAAUAAAGAAUCUUUUAAGUGUUAUGUAUUGAGUAGUCUAAUUUUGUUUGACACUUUACCAAAUAUAUUCUAGAAA